CGGAAAGUACACACUGUACACGACAGCUUUCCUCUGUUUAGACUACGACGAUUUUCAUCAUUCUGUGGCUUUAGAUCGCUACUAUGGCACAUAUAAUGAUUGCCUACAUUUUCUGGUUAGUCGGUGGAUGGUGGGGUUUGCAUCACUUUUAUCUCGGGAGGGACAGACAAGCGUUUAUCUGGUGGGCCACAUUUGGCGGGUGUUUUGGGCUCGGAUGGUUCCGAGACUUGUGGCGUAUUCCGGAGUAUAUAUUUGCAGCCAACAGAGAUGUGGGAUAUUUGAAUGAGUUCGAACAAAAAAGAACGUAUUACCCGUGUCCCACGUUUAAUGUUGUACGAUUCAUUGGAGAAAUUAUUCUGGGAUUGACUUUUGGGCUCCUGACAAGGUUGUGUGUCCCAGAAGAAAAUGCUUAUGAAGGAAUAGGCUGGCUAUUCUGUAUAAUUGUGCCUCCUUGUGCGAUUGCUUUAGGUGUCCAUGUGGUUGCAAAUGUUCAGCCAACAAAAGCUUCAUUUCAAUGGCCUCUUAUUGGGGCCCUUUGUGGGGUCCCCUGGAUAUUAUAUGACACAGGAAAUUUAGUGUACUCUGCCAUUCUGUCUGCAGUAUUUGUGAACUGGAAAGGAAAACAAUGGAACCCAGUUGUGGGAAACAGCCGUCCAUUCUGUAAACGUUUUUUUAGUUUGUUUUUCUGUUGCCUGCUUUAUUCCACCUUAUGGGGAGUUGUUAUUUAUCAAACCGCUUCUAUUACAACCAAGGAUGGGGAGGAAGUGCCCCUGAGAGAGGCGAUCCCCAACUUUUUUAAUUCUCCAGCCUGGGCAGAAAUGAAGGAAUCAUUGAAAGAGCUGUAUAAAUUUUAUCAGGUUCAUGGUUUUGAGAAGCUUUGGGAGGAAUUUGUGGAGAAAUUAGACCCUACUGGAGAAACUAAUGCCUACAAAGUAUUAAAUCUCACUGACACAGCCACAGAGAAAGAAAUCAAAGUUAGGUAUAAAGUUCUAGUGAAGGAAUGGCAUCCAGACAAACAGAGAGACCCGAAUAAAAAAGCCGAGGCUCAAGAAAAGUUCAUGGAGAUACAGAAAGCAUAUGAAAUUUUGUCCAAAAUUCAGACCCGGAGGAUGAGACAGAAUGUGAAAGAUAGACGGAAGGAAGAAGAUCAGGAAUGGAUGGACAGAAGGAAAUAUAGAAAAGAUGAGUUUUGAUGAAAUGUGUUAAAAAUCUAUAGUAUGUAAUGAAAAGUUGAUUGACAAUGUUAUGUCAAGAAUUUUAAUCAAACAAAAAUAAAUUCUAUUUGAAUAUUUCUUUUGUGCUACUGAGAAGAAUAACUUCAUUUUGCUCUAUACUUUAAAUUGAUAGUUUCUUUGAGAUAAGAAUAAACAAAAGGGAAACAGACAGA